GCCGCGCUUCAGGCGCAGAGAUCAAUGCAUCCGCGAUCGUCUCCGUUCGCAGUCGCUACUGCCGCCACCGCCGCUGCCGCCUUCGUCGAUGAUUGAUCCUUCCUCGUUGUUUUCUGCGCGAUCUUGAAUAGAUAAAUCCACGAUAAAUCUUGGACAUCCACGUGCGCGAAUAUAACGGCGAGAAACAAUUUCGGAAGUAGCGAUAGUUACGAUAAAGGAAACGUCUCGAUAUAAUGACUUUGUACGAUCAACAUGGAUGAAGAGGAGAAUUCUAAGGAAAAAAAAAAUAGAUAUGACUGGAGCUUAUUACUGGCCGAGAGAUGACGGUGAUGCUAAUGAUGAUGACGCCAUGUCGUAUUCGCGAAAUGGUGGUACGUGCGAUGCUCGCGCCCUGUGCAAAUGUGCAGUAAAAUACGACGUAAUGUCGAUGCAAGUCGGCGGACGAGAAGUGAAGUGGGCGUUUUCUGCAUAGAUGCCAGGCCAAUCGUUAGUUGCAAAAAUUGCUUACUGACGCUGUGCAAAAGUGAGUGAUGAGUGCGAUUUCACAGAGGAUCAUCCACGAGUGUGUUCGAGAGAAUUAUGGAUGAUCGCUGACGUCAAUUUUGGGGAUGAUUUAAGAAACGUUUGUUAUAAAAAAAAUCUCAGGAUUCUUGUGUCAAUACCCAAUAUAAUUGAAAUAAACAAGAGAUUGAUCAACGAUUCGUAUUGAUAAAUUGUUGACUCAGUGUUAUAGAAGUCUUACUCUCACAUUCCUUGAAUUUACAACUCGAUACAACGUAGGUGAUGCAUCAUCUUGAAAAGGAAGAAGCGAAGGAACGAGGACGAGAGAAAAAAGUAUUUUCCAUGUUUGAUCGUUUUUUAAAUCAGAGAAAUCUGAAUAUAAGAGAAAAAGAUCAAACAAAAAAGAUAUUUGAAACGAAAAAUAUAUUUUCUGUAGAGAAAUAUUGUUCAUUUCUAAUUGGGAAGUACCUUGCAAUUAAUAUGUUAUCUAUAUUGUUUUAAUUCCUGCUUAAAACUUGCCACGAAUGAUCGCGAGUGAUGGGUGUUCUUCACGUUUCUCAAAGUUGGCAUUUGCAAUCAAAAACUUUAAUUGAAAAGCAGCGAAUUUUUAAGUAAUAAAUGAUAACUUAGGAAUGACAAUAGUGGGUGGAGUCUGGAAGAGGGAAAGAGAUAGAAAGGGAAGGUGAAAGACAAGAAAAGGAGAUCAAGAGAAUAAGAAGAAAAUACGAAAAAAACCUUGUAGAAAGAUGAUGCGCGAACAUGCUAAUUUUACUGCUCAAUUUCAUCAUUGCAUCGCAUACUUUAGCGUUACUUAAUAUCAACCAUUCAACAAUAUCAACAAAAUAUCUUCUUUGUCAUUCUUCGUAUCGUUUUCGAAAAAAAAAAAAACAAAACAAAAUUGAAAAAACGAAUUUGAUAUAAAAUAAAAAAAGCAAAUGUUGUAAAGUUUACUACUAAUCUCGUUGAAAGCAUGAGUUAGCAGAAUGGUUCUAAUAAUAGGUAGGAAGGAGGAAUUCAACACAUGGAUCAAUGUGACUUAGUGGCUACGGUGGACUACAAGUCGGAAAGUCCGGCUGUACCUUAUGCGCGCGAAGGUGCGUGCCAAAGGGGAGGACUAGGGGGGAGGAACUGGUAGUGAUGCAACAGUUCAUUUACAUAGAGUCUGCUUUAGGAAAUGGAGCAAUGGUGAAAUUGCACAUCCGUAGGACUCAUGUUUAUUCUCCACAACGUGUCGUCAGAAGAUGAGCAAUCGAUGAAAUGAGGUGUGGAAAAAGAAAGCAACUGUCAAGGUAUCUAGUCAAGAGAUAGAGAAUAAGAUAUCCACUGAUAUGAUGAUACAUUCGACGAUUCAUCUUUCGUGAGGAGACUAAUAAAGGCUCAUUCGCGUGAACAGUAAUAAAGUGAGGAACAGGAAGAGGAAAUGUGAGGAAUUUGGAAAAGAUCUGCACGUUGACUGAAUUAGAUCGAAACAGAAAAAUAAUCUGUUUUACCGAGUUACUCCAAUGAGGAAUCUUUGCAGCGAUUCAUAUAGAAGUAUAAACGAGAAGUCUGUGACAAUUUGGAGAAGAAAAAUACGACUUUAUGAACGAAAUUAUUCGUUUUGAAAUAUAAAUUUUUUUGAAAUGAAGAAUUUCACACGUAAAAUUUAUUGUGCUUAAAAUAAAAGUUGUCAUGAAAGAAAGAGAAAGAAAAAAAUGGCAAGUGAACAUUUGUUAAUGUAAUUUCAUGCAUUGUGAGUUUUAACGAUGUAGUAGAAUUUUUAGCUCAAGAAAGAAAGAGGGAAGUGAGAAAGAAAGAGAUAUAUUUGCACAGAUUAUCAUAGAAUCGAUAGGAUGUUCAAAAGCAGGAUUUUCCAGGGUGAUCUUAGCCCCGUUCCAAUUCCAGGCGGCCUACAACAAUCCAGUCAGCAAGGCCAGCAGAGCGAGCAGGAACUGGCGACGAAAAUGUUGCAAAUUCAAAGUAAAAGAUUCUACCUUGACGUAAAACAAAACAGACGUGGGAGAUUUAUCAAAGUCGCGGAGAUUGGAGCGGAUGGAAGAAGAAGCCAAAUCUAUCUGGCACUCAGUACAGCAUCCGAAUUUCGGGACCAUCUGUCUACAUUUAGCGAUUUUUACGCAUCUUUAGGUCCACCAAAUCCGGAAAACGUGCCAGACGAUGGAAAACUGAAAUCAGAAAUGAUGGUGAAGGAUAAUAGACGAUAUUACUUGGACCUCAAGGAGAAUUCUCGCGGCCGUUUCCUGCGGGUGAGUCACCCUGUAUCGCAAACGAUAACACGGGGUGGACCCAGGACUCAGAUUGCAAUACCAGCGCAAGGUAUGAUAGAAUUUCGUGAUGCAUUAACGGAUCUUCUUGAAGAAUUUGGAACGGACGACGGUGGCUUCAAAGGCGAUUUGCCGGAAGGUCGUUAUAUGCGUGUGGAUAGCAAGAAUUUCUAUUUUGAUAUCGGCCAGAACAAUCGUGGCAUCUAUAUGAGAAUUUCUGAGGUGAAAACAAACUUUAGGACAGCCAUCACCGUACCAGAAAAAUCUUGGGCACGUUUCCGUGAUAUCUUCGCAGAUUAUUGUGAGAAAAUGAAGGAAGGCGGUGGUGUCAGCAGCAGCAGCAGCGGUGGCGGAGGAGGAAAUGUAUUGUCCGAGGGGAAAGGCUCGGUGGUGGCACAGGUACCAUCGCCAUCCUCGAAUACGCAGCCUAAUCCCAAUCCAAAUUUAGACUCUCCUUUAAUCAAGUGAAAAAGGCUUUAACUUAACUCGAACAUUUGGGAAUUAUAACUCGUAAACUCGUUUUCAAGUCAUUAAGCGAAGAAACGGAACUUGUCAGAGUCUAUGCCAUCGUCGUCGUCAUCGUCAUAUUAUUCAUCGGCUAUGACAUUGACAUGAUCAUCGGUAUAAUCGUUACACCGUCGUCAUCGAGAUCAUUUAUCGUCAUCGUCGCCGUCGCCGUCGCCGCCAGAUCAUUAUCAUCGUCACAUCGUCACAACCGUCAUAUACUUGCCGCUAAGCGCAAACACCAAAACUCGCCUGAAAUAUGACCAUUAUAUCGCAGAGGGCAUCAACUGAUUGUUGAGGUAUAUUCAUAUAACCACAGAUUUGAUAAAAAGAACAAAACAAAAUGAAAAAUGGAUGCGUGACGUGGUUAUUAAUACACAAUUGUUGGCACGUGAAGACGAAAAAAGGAGGAAAGAGGGAGAGAUGAUGAUGACGAUGCGUGUGUGUGUGUGUACGUAUGUAUGUAUGUGUGCGUGCGUGUGUACGUGUGUGCGCGUGUGUGUGUGCGCGCGCGCGUGUGCGCGCGUGUGUGCGUGCGCGCGCGGAGGGAAAAUGAGUCACUGCCGCUCGUGCGACUAACACAGAUAACACACAAAAAAAAAAAAGAAAAAGAUAAAAAUACGCAACAACGGAAAAUCAAGAAUAUGGUUAUCGAGCGAUAUCUUUUUAGGUGAAACUCGAGUAGCCAUCGAUUAACGUUAUGAGUACUACCGUUCAUUUCCUGCUUGCUUUCCAUAGACGCACGUUCGUUUGGUUUCACUAAUUUUCUUAUCGUACAAUCUUUUUAAUCUUGGACGUUUGGAUAAUCGCACGUAUUUUGCAACUCAUGUAUGAGUUGAACGUACUGAGAAUCUUGAACGGGAAAUGGACUGUAGUGUAGAUCACGUUACAAUUGAAUUUGAUCGUUCAGAAUUUAUGAAUAAAUAGUUGUUAUAUUAACGAUUAUAUCACGAGUAAGAAAAAAAAAAAA